CAAGAUGGCGGCGGGGACGGAAGCAGAGUGAGGUGGAUAGUAACGUUAGCUAACAAUAUAACUGCUAAGUUACAGUUGAAGACCUCUCAUGUUUUGCGCUGUGGCUGGUGGGUCAGAGUACAGGUAGUGCACCGGAUUGGCGUUGAGGGAUCUUGAAACAAAUGUGCCCUGUAUGCGAGGGAGAGCAAUCAGCGGAAGAGUGGCAUUAGUUAUUAGCAAGAGUAGGUAGCUAAGCCACCCAGUAGAAGCUUGCAUCCACUUGGUUGCUGAAUACAUAUCUGGCUGGCUACUGUAGGUAGCAGUUAGCUAGCUAGCUAACUAGAAUGCCUAGGAGGGAUACUUCACCUGUAGUGCAUACGUUUUAACACUAGCUAGCUACUUAGCUGUUUUACUAUAUAUUGAUUUUCACUGUAGCCAGGUAGACUCUAAUAGUUUUUGCAUUGCAGUGCAUAUAACUUAAAUCUAACUCUUAUAAGACAGCUAAUCCAAAACGAAAAGACCCUCUGUGUUCUGACGAAACGCUUUAGAGGGUACCGAACUCGGGCUGGCGAUUGUGAUUUUAUUUGAUUGCUGUAGCAUGCUAGCUAGCAAACAAGCUAGCAAUAAUUCGUUGUUUCUGGUGGGAAAUCUGUUUUUGUCUGGACUGGAUUCAGAAUCGCUCCGGAAAGCAAGAAGACUGGAUAUCGUAGUAACGUCGUAGUUUUCAAGAUCCACAUCUCAGAAAUUUGGUCCCUACUGGUUGCUUGAUUUUCCUGAUUCAACUUGCGUGACGCCAUGGCUCGCUCCCCGGUUCAGGGUGGCCUGCCAGGGAUGCAGAACCUAAAAGCAGACCCAGAGGAACUCUUUACCAAGCUGGAAAAGAUCGGAAAAGGCUCCUUCGGAGAAGUCUUUAAAGGCAUUGACAAUCGGACUCAACAAGUUGUGGCUAUUAAAAUAAUCGACCUCGAAGAAGCAGAAGACGAAAUCGAAGACAUUCAGCAAGAAAUCACAGUUCUGAGCCAGUGUGACAGCCCCUUUGUAACCAAGUACUACGGAUCUUAUCUGAAGGGCACAAAGUUAUGGAUCAUUAUGGAAUAUUUAGGUGGGGGAUCAGCGCUGGAUUUGCUGGAGCCAGGGGCUUUGGAUGAGACGCAGAUCGCCACCAUACUCCGAGAAAUACUCAAGGGCCUAGAAUACCUGCACUCAGAAAAGAAAAUCCAUAGAGAUAUUAAAGCCGCCAACGUCCUGCUGUCGGAGCAGGGGGACGUGAAGCUGGCGGACUUCGGCGUGGCCGGCCAGCUGACGGACACGCAGAUCAAGAGGAACACGUUCGUGGGCACCCCUUUCUGGAUGGCCCCUGAAGUAAUAAAGCAGUCUGCAUACGACUCAAAGGCUGAUAUCUGGUCAUUAGGAAUAACGGCAAUAGAGCUGGCCAAAGGGGAGCCGCCACACUCAGAACUUCACCCUAUGAAGGUCCUCUUCCUUAUCCCGAAAAACAACCCCCCCACGCUGGAGGGCAACUACAGCAAACCCCUCAAAGAGUUUGUGGAAGCCUGCUUGAACAAAGAGCCCAGCUUCAGGCCGACCGCCAAGGAGCUGCUGAAGCACAAGCUGGUCGUCCGGUACGCCAAGAAGACGUCCUACCUGACGGAGCUGAUCGACAAGUACAAGAGGUGGAAGGCGGAGCAGUCCCGGGACGAGUCCAGCUCAGAGGAAUCCGAUUCGGAGCAAGACGGCCAGGCCUCGGGGGGCAACGACUCGGGGAAUGACGACUGGAUCUUCAACACGAUCAGGGAGAAGGACCCCAAAAAGCUUCAGAACGGAGCGGCCCAGCCCGACGAGCUGCAGAGGAACGAGGCACAAGACAUUCCAAAGAGGCCAUUGUCGCAGAGCUUGUCCACAAUUAUUUCUCCUUUGUUUGCCGAGCUGAAGGAGAAGAGUGAAGCCAGCAGUGGCAAGCCUGAGGCCCUGGAGGAGCUAAGGGAGGCCAUCUUCCUGGCGGAGGAGACGUGUCCCGGGAUCUCGGAUUCAAUGGUGUCUGAGCUGAUUCAGAGACUUCAGAGGUUCUCUCUGACCCAGGCGUCCCCCUCGCAGUGAGAGCGGGCCGGGGGGGCGUCCCCGGCCCCUCAGCCAUCACGUCGCCGCCCCCCUCCGACGAUCUCCCGGGAGGGCCUCCCUCCAUCCGCCGCUUAAAGCAAACUGUUCAAGCUUCUGUUUCACUCUCUAUUUUCUUUUUUUUUUUUAUUGAUUGGUCGUAGUGCACAUAUUAGAGGCAGGAGAGCCGGAUGCGCAGCUGCUGCAGCUGACCAAUCAGGAGGCGGCUCUGGCGCUGCGCUCCUGUGAGAUCCGCAUCGCUCCGAGACAGUAGGUUAAAGGGGGGCUUGAAUCUCAGUAUCUCCCGAGUGGUUCUCACUUUCGAGAGUUUUCACCCCCGAGAGAUCAUGUGUUCAAAAUCUAGUGUGGCUUACUUAGAAAGGCAAAGAAAUACCUGAAGACUUUUGGAAGUGUCGGGAACGGGUUAGGUGUGUGUGCGCUAGGAGGGUGGGCGGGUGCGUGUGUCUGUGUAUGCGUGUCUGCUCUUUUGUGUGCGUUUCCCUUGAAAUCCUGAAGUGUGUAUUCGGGAACCACGCUAAGGAGAUUGAAGCAUUCUUUUGAAACCUCAGGUAUCCUGCUUUAAGUGGAUGGGUCCUCUGGGAGAUGAACACUGUAGGGUGGGUGUACAAAUGUGUAAAUACGGUCCUUUUUACAGAUCUAGUGAAAUACAGGAGUGUGCGUAAAGGAAUCACUGUGUACAAACGGCCAAGUGCUUCUGUAGAUACUCUUAGUAAAGGUGAAUAUUUAAAGAUAAAGUCACUCCAAUGGCCAUAACUAAGAAUUGCCUUGCCUUUAUUACAUGUACAUUUUUUUUUUUUGAAUAUUUUGACCUUUAGUUUUCUUUCAUUUUUAAUAAAAACUCAAAGGUUUUACCAUUCAAUGAAAACUGAGGCCCUGAUUCCAUGUGUAUUGAUCGUUACUUUCGGUACCUUGGUUUUGCCCAGUGCUACUCCAUGGACAUCACCCUCCAUGUCGCUGUCAUGGGGGCCUGUUUCUGCGCAGUUAGAGCAAACAGUGCCAGAUUACACUCAGUCCUGGACUCUGAAUAAUUUCCUCCUGCUGAUGGAACCUGACCUAAACCUGAUUCUCCAGUGUAGAAACACUGAUGUGACAAACUCCAGAAAACAAAGCACUGUACUCAAGUAUGGUAUGUGUAACAGCCCCCCCCCCCCCCCCCGCCCUUCGUUUUUGU